AUGGGAGGUGAGAGAGUGGAGAAAGAUCCUGUGAGGGAGGGGCCCCCUUAUGAGGUGAGACGUGUAAGCCUGCUGCGUGUAACAGAGUUAGUCAGGAUUAGGACAUGUAUCUGUGGGAUCAGGGGGAGUUAGAGGGUCCCUCCAGACCAUAACCUCACACCAUCUGUCUCAGUCAGUGCCCUGCCCUGCUCAAAAACAGGCCAGGUCGCUCUUUUACUCCCUCAGGUCCCUCUCCUCCAUUCUCCAUUUUCUCUACUAUUCUUUUGACCCUUUGACCCAGGACAGGAGCUGUUUUAUCGUAUUAGGGUAAACAAACUGGGGUGACUGUGGGGUCAGCGCUGUGCUGAGGGGUUGGGGUGCGUUACUGGCUCUGUGGCAGGAAGAGCAAUCUGCUCGUGUGGCUAAUUAUUGCCCAUGGCCGAAGCCUGGCCCUCUGCUCAACCACACGACACAAAGAGCAGUGAAAUACAUAUUAUACAUAUUACACUCAAAACUGUAUAUGCCGAACAGAGUAUGAUUAUUACAGUUACUCGUGUGGAUAGCAGCUCAGACUGCUCAAUUUUCAGUGACUCAAUAGAGAAACCAUAAGUGGCUCUAAAGAAAAACUUUGCUAUCAUAAUUUCAGAGGGGUGUAGCAGCAUCCCCUCUGAAAGUUAGCCAGCUGACAUUGAUAAACAUGCAGAUAUAGCCCUACAUUUUCCGGUUAAAAAUGGGAAAAUGUUAUAUGGGUUGUUGGGAGUAUUGAGUCAGUUACCAUUUAAAUCUCUUCAUACAUUCAUAAAAUAUGAGGUUAUUUAAGGAUAGCUGGCUGACUUAUUGAUGAUAAAUCACUGUAUCCAACCAUUGCUGCGGUAGACUGCCUGGAGGUGAGGAAUCGGAGCAUCUGAAUGGUAGCACAAUGUUUUGAAUCAGCUGAAGGAAUAGAGAAAAUUGAUAGCAUCACUCUUUCCAAGCACUGCUGGAGUAGAGCUGGGAUGGAUGGGGGUCUGCUGAAUCAUGAUGCAAGUAUUACUGUUCAGAUGAAAGUGCUCAGAACAAGGGAUAUUACAAAGGAGAGAAAGAUAUAUGUAGGUUGGUUAUGGGCUGAAACAGAGUCAGCUAUUGGGGUUUGUGUACGUGGUAUUAUACAGUACGUGAGUUGUGAUGUCUGAGUUAUGUUGAUGAGUACACUACAAGUUUGCAUUUCCUGCUGUGCAGAACAAUUCUUAGCAACAAAAUAGUGAUCAAAUUAAGAUCUUGCAUCUGUAUUUGGCAUGAAGAAUGAGGUAAGUUCCUCUGUACCUCUCUUUGUCCAUCAGACUCAUGGGAGGCCCUGUUGGUUUAACCACUAAGCUUUCCCCCCGGAAACAUAGAUGACGGGAGAUAGUGAGGGAGAGAUAGAGGAAGAGGAUUGUCUCUAGUAGGAUUGUCUCUGGUGGCUGUACUUUCACCACAAGGCCCAAUAUCUGAUUGAUUAAUAGACAACAUCAUUUAAUGUUUGUGUUGGAUAGAGUUAAAUAACAUGGCCUAGAUAAAAAUAAAUGUUUGCGUGUCCUUUAGUUUUUGUGUGUGGGUGUCUGUGUGUGCAUGCCUGUCUCAGUAUGUAUUGGUUUUGUUUACCCUCCAGAUCAGAUUUCAGCAGACAAUAUUAACUGACUGAUUCCUUAACGAGACGUUAUUAAGACACAGACUCCGGAUGAACAAGUUUAGCUUUAGAGGAUCAUUAAAAAAUGCUUGUUAUGCGUUUCUCCGCUUGAUGAAUUUCAAAGCGGUAAAGAAAACUGAGAUUACACUGUUUCUGAGGCUAAUACCAAGAGACAAGAGGGUGUGAGGGGACAUAGGGCAGGGACAGGCGAAGAACAAAGACAUGGAUCAUGCCCAGAUAUUUUUAUAUCACUUGCCAGUGCCUUUGGUAACUUUGAGUUGAUUAUUUCAUGUAGAAAGUCAAAUAAUUAUUUGAAGAGAAUUUACGUUAUUUCCCCCUACUGCAUUUACUCCACAAAACCGCAUUUUAUGAUAAUCCGAUAGGUUCGUUCUUGAAUUGAGAUGGCAUUUGCGUCCCUUGCCUUUGAAACACUUUAAAAUUACAAAUAGUUACACAUCACAUAUGUUUUUGUUUAUAUUGAACUGUUUAUCAAUGACAAAACAUUUUUCAAGUCCUUUAUACUGCAAAACGGUAUGUUUAUGCAUUGUUUAAAGUGCUUAGGGUAAGCAAAUUGGCUUGUCCCAGUAGUGAUGUGUAGAGUUAUAGCGACAUGUUUUUGUUAUUUAGAAAUAUCUAUCUAUUAUUUUAAAUGCUAGAGAGUGAACAAAAGUAUUUAAUAUAUUGUAUGGAUCAAUAAAAACAAAGAAGGCUAUUAAAAUACCUACUUUUUUUACUAGUAUAAUAUGUGUCCCACAGUUUUAUGUAUUGGUGUAACUGCCUUGAAAAUCACUAAAUACAAAGAUAUACAAGGACCUUGAGCAUUCUCUCCAGUGGGAAACUGUUAUUGGGGAGAGGUCUAUAUUAAAUACAAUUAUUAGUUAAUCACACCCUUUUAGUAUGUCAUACAUUUAAGUUUGUAUGUCUAAAUCCAAAGUGUCACUUGGUGUUAGCAAAUUUAAAAUGAAGGGAAAUAACAUUAUGAGCAUGAUUAAUCAUAUCACUUUAGUAAAUUAAUUUUAAAGGAUUGAUGACCUUAGAUUUGAGAAUUUCUGGCUUUCAUUUCAGAAAAUCCUAAUUUAUAAUUGACCUAUUGGUGUUACAAUCAUUGGUGUUACUACUCCUUCUGGUGGCACAAUGUUAUCAUAAUGGUAAUUAUUAUUUAAAACCCUCCCGUUGAUACUUUCUUUAAAGUCUCACUGCCUCCUUCUCACAAAUGAUCCCAAAAAUAUAAAAAUUAAAUAAAGUUGGUUCAACACAGUGGCGGGUCAUUUUGACCCUAGGACAACGGGAGGGUUAAAGUCAUUAAGCUACAAUAUUAGUUGAUUUAGAAUGGGAAGAUGUACCCAAAUAGAUUUAAAUAAAAAAAGAUAUAUGAAAAUGAAAUUCAUUUUUUCCAAAAUGCCAUGCCCAAAUGCCACUGUAAUUCAAGAACGACCAAAUAGCUUCAUAGUCCCUUCCCCAGAUAUCAGAUAAAAAAUGAAUGAGAAUGAACUCACUUAAAUGACACAUUGAUAAGAAAGCAUUAAUAAGGUGACAUCGUGACGUAGUGCCCGGAUGUGCACACUCCUUGUGUUGUGACCACCUUACUCUUAGCAUAGUUUACAAUAUGAUCUGGCAUGUGACAACCUGAUGGGUUUAAUAUGUGUCUAUGUGUGUGUGUGUGUGUGUGUGUGUCUGUGUGUGUGUGUGUGCGUGUGAGCGUGUGUUUGGUUUUACUAUCCUUGUGGGGACCAGAAGUCCUCACAAUGAUAGUAAAACAAGGAAAAUUCGGAUAAGUGGGGAAAUUUCGCCGGUCCCCACAAGGAAAAAGGCUAUUUUAGGCUUAGGGUUAGGGUUAGAAUUAGGGUUAGGGGUUAGGGGUUAAGUUUAGGGUUAGGGUUAGGUUUACAGGUUAGGGAAAAUAGGAUUUUGAAUGGGAAUCAAUUGCUUAGUCCGCACAAGGAUAGUAGAAUAAACGUGUGUGUGUGUGUGCGCGCAUGUGUAGAGAGAGAGAGAGAGAGAGAGAGAGAGAGAGAGAGAGAGAGAGAGAGAGAGAGAGAGAGAGAGAGAGAGAGAGAGAGAGAAAUUUGAACCAUGAUUGCAGAGAUCCAUGGCUUUAGAGAAUGGUUUAUAAGGGUGAGAGAGAAGAGGGGAGCGUGACGAAGUGAGGGAGAGAGGGAUUUGCAACAGAGAGGAGAGGGAGGGAGCAGUGAUAUUCAGUGACAGAGUACCAUACACACUCACAUGCGCACACACACUCUCUCUCUCUUUUUUUCGCUCUCUCUGUGUACGCGUUGUCUGUAAAUCACUCAUUCAGUUUAGUCACUGUUGUGGGGAAAAUGGUGAGAGGACCUCCAAACCUAUCAUCCAAUCUAUGACCUACGGUAAGAAUUUAUUUUCAACCUGUCCAUCUCUACACGUCCUUUUCUCAUUCCCUCUCAUCAGUCUCUCUUUUGGGGCUUUAUCUUUCCCUAGUUCUAUUCUACUUUUUUCUCUCUCUUUCCCCAUGUCUCUCUUUCUUUCUGUUGGUUCUCUCUCCCGCUACUCUGGGCCGAAGCCAGAUUGAGGCCUCUGCGGCGCCCCAUCACAGUUUGCUCUCUCUCUGUCACGGUUCAUUAGGGACAUCAGGGGGUACAAUUAAUGUGUUGAGCAUUGAAGUGGAACCAGUAGAAACAUCUGUCUGACAUGGGUUUUCAUUAUUAAUUUGACAUUAAUGAUGAUGUUUAUCAUCAAUAUAAUCAGUGCUGUUCCUAAUUAUUUGUUGUAGAAAUAGUGGGUGAUGGUGUCCUAUACAUUUUGUGGUUGUUGUUCCUGAAUCCUAUUUCAAAUGUUUUUUAUGAAAAAGUAUAGUACUGUUUUUAGAAAUAGGCACUUGUACAUGAUCAGACAGAUUUUCAGUUUGUUUAUGUAUUUGUUUUGUGGUAAUUAGACAACAGUUUAAGUUUCAAAAUGUUCUAACAUGAAAAGAAAUCUAGAAAGAUCGAGCAUCUCUGUAUGAGUUUAAUAUAUUUUGAUGUUCAGUGAAUGUUGGGGAAUGCCUUUGCUGUCUCCUGAUGUAAGUCUGUUUGUUGUUUGUAAUUAAUAUUUAUUUAUAAAAUAUUCAGAUAAAUUAUCUGCACUGUAUAAGUGUUUCUUAGUUCAACUUCCCUUAAGGAAUAAAACAGCAGAGAAAAGUUACAGGUCUUCAUUCAGUUGCAACCUUAGCUUUGAAACCAUUUUUAUGAAUUGUAUCGGAUUUAAGACACUAUUCAAUCUGUAUCAUUGAAGCGACACAGAUUGCGCAACAGACAUUUUAAGGUAAUUACGGAUUCAGCCGACAAAUGCAGCGUUUACCGUGAAUGCAGUCUCCGCUAACGCAGGAACAUUGCCUUUAAAUGUAAAUCACGCUGUAACAGGCCUUCUUAACUAGCACAUGUAUUUUGCCUUGCCACGCUAGCUUUGCCCUCAUGUGGGUGCUAGCAAGCUAACAAGCAUGCUAGGUACUGCUAGGUAUAAACAGACAAUUCAGCAGGGGCUUGAAGCUAUAGUGAGCUUUGAUUGGUUAAUAGCGCCGCGACAUCGCGUAGUAUUUGCAUAGAGUUCAGCUUUCCCCAAAUUUGGUUCGGCUUUGUUCAAGCUCCCUCGCCAAUGCUCGCGUCGCUCAACGGUCCCCCCGCCCACUUCGCAUCCCUCCAUUGAAAAUGAAUGGGGCUUCCAUUGUUUCAUCGCCCCCAUCAUUUUAUAUUAAAAUGUACUGUAAUGUGGAACUUCAGCGAUACGGAUUGAAAAGAGCCCUACAUCUCAUGGGCUUGGAAAUCUCCUCUGUUAUUGGGAAUGCUAAUGCUAGUGAAUGCUUUUUGAAAAAGUGAAAUGUACUUUGACUGGUUAUGUUAUGAAAUGAAUUAUAUGUCUUUCAAUUAAGAACAUUCUGAAGCUAUGAGAUGGGGUAGAAGUUAUAUUCUAUUGCAGUUCAUUAUCUAGAGCAGGGUGUCCCAGACUUGGUCCUGGGGCCACCCCUGGGUGCACGAUUUGGUUUUUGCCCUAGAACCACACAGCUGAUUACAAUAAUCAAAGCUUGAUGAUGAGUUGGUUAUGUUAAUCAGCUGUGUAGUGAUAGGGCAAAAAGAAAAGUGCACCCAGGGGUGGCCCCAGGACCGAGUUUGGGAAACCCUGAUCUAGAGUGCACUGUGUUUGCUGGUUUGUCCUCGAAAUUCAGAUAGCAUUGAAAUGACAGACAGCAAGACACAGUGAAAAAGAUUAGUGGGAUUUGACUAUGGUCAAUUACUUCAGCAUCACACAAUUCCAGUCAUGUGAUGUUACACAUGGUGUCAAAACAACAAAGUCUUCGGUGUAUAAUAUGGGUAUACCUAUCUCUAUUGUUUGAUAAAGCCUAUAUCAGAGAUUAGUCUUAGCUGCUUAAUAGCAUGUUUACUACUGGCAUAUAAGAGGAGUGUUAGUUAUAUAGUAAGGCAAGAAUGUAAGAAGACGAAUUUCUAUAAAAAAAAUAUAAUUGGUAUCAGUGGGUAGAUGUAGCACAGGUUGAUAUAGGAAUAUCCAAAUCAUGUUGAUUUGUGUGUGCGGGGCCUAACAUGAGCAUGCACACCUAUAUCAGUGUGUGCGUGUGUGUGUGUAUGGGAGACAAUGGGGAUCUGUUGAGGAUUAGUCGCUUAAUACUUCAACAUACAAACAGACCAUUGGACACAUACUCACACUGGAGAAUAGCACUACCUAACAUACUGCUGUAAAAUCACUUAAUUGAGUGCACAGGGUGAGAGUCCUGAUUUCUCUACUUUCUGGAAAGUUGCUAUAAUUGUUUUGUAACUAGUUUAUUACUUCUACAUGCUGACAAAUUGUAAGACAUAUAGAAAGAGGUCUGGUGAAGAGGUAAUUGGCAGUAUGAAGUGUUAAAUUCUGUUCUUCCGUCUAUGGCCAGAUUGUUGUUCUUGUGUUUGUUUCCCACAUCCUGUAAUCUUCUAUGUCCUCUUGAUGUUAUCUUGACCUCAGUUCCUGUCUACCUAACACAUAGAGAUGACUUUGCACCAACUGUGAGAGAACAAUCAUCUAUGCCAUUUGCUCUCUCUCUGACAGGACCAAGAAGAAACACACAAGGACACAGGAAGACUGUUUUUUCCACAGAGGACAGUCGUCAGUCAGUCUAUAACUGGACACCAGGGCUGUCUGAGAGACUGGAGGCAUCAAGCCUGUUGUUGUGUAUGGACUGCUGCUGCACUAAAAUAGAGAGGUGGAUUAACACUCAACCCCGACACACGGACAAACUCAGUCUGUUCCCAAAGCCGUGGCCAUGUCGUCUCCCUCUCUCCCCAUGCCCUCCCUCCCCCCCAGUCCACUGGCCAUGGAGUACCUCAAUGACUUUGACCUCCUCAAGUUUGAGGUGAAGCCUGACAGUCCUCCUCUUCCUCCCUCCUGUACGUUCCCCAAGUCCGGCCUCCCCCUCGAACCCUCCAGUUCCCCCGGCCCCUAUACCAACCACCCUCCCCAGGACUCCAGCCUCAGCUCCAGCCCAUACAACUCCCUGCCCCCCUCUCCAACGCUGAGCGAUGCCCAUCCACCUCCCUCAGCCUCCUCCUCCCUCUCCUCUUCCUCCUCCUCCAUCUCCUUCCCCCUGUCCAUCUCAAACAGCUACACCUCUGGCAUCAGUUCUGGCUCUCAGGGGAAUGUGGAGGGUAGCCCCUCCCAUGGGGGUGCCCAGGGUCCUAACCCUGCCUCUUUGGAGGACCUGAUCUGGCUGGCAGCGCUGCAGCAGCAGUUUGGAGGGGAGGCGGGGGGGCCUGCAUCCCUGUUGGGGGCCUUGGGAGGAGGGCCAGAGCGGGGAGACAGAGAGAGGGGGCCAGUUGGCAGCUUCCUGGGCUGUGAGGACGCAGUGGAGGCUCUACUGAACUCAGCUGCUGCAGCUGUUAGCUCGCAGGUAUGUAACACUGUCCAACUUGUCUAAGGAUGUUGUUAUUCACUUUUGAUAGUGGGUUCGUAAUAACAUAUAUAGACUAUAAUUAGUGUUUCUAUUUCUCUCUCUCAGUUCCCAGUGCUUUCCCAGAGUUCCAGCAGUAACCUUGGGGAUUCAGGAAGUGACAGUGGAGGUGACAUCUCCUGCUCCAAGGGGACAGAUAUGUGCCAUCGUCCACUCCUCUACCUCUCCUCUGGCCCCCAAUCACUCCCUAACACCAACCCUUCCUCAGCAACCUACCCACAACCCCAGAGCCCCUCUGGCCGACUUCAUCACCAUCAUCAUCAUCAUCACCACCCCAUGCAUGGCCAUCAUCAUCACCAUCAUCAUCACCUCCAAGUAAUGAAUGGGGUCAGGGGGCAUGACAGUAUGAAACAAAAGAUGGUGGAAUAACUGAGAUAAGUGUCACUGGGGGAAGACUAGCAACAAUAGCAUAGUACUGGUUGGAGCAGGAGCAUAUGGGAGAGGGGAGGGAGAGGUGAUAGAGGGAUCAUGCUGUAAGGGGUUGGGAUUAAAAACAAUUAGAACAUGAUUAUGGGUGCAUGCCGUGUACCUGCUAUAAGUAUAGAAAACAUGCCUCGACACUGAGAUGACAAUGAGUUUGACUAAAGACCUUCCUUGUUUAAAAAUUGCAUUAUUUGUCCUGCAGGCAAGUGCAGAAUAUUGAAGUAAAUGUAAUAAAUGGAGAAAUUGUUCUUCUUUUUAAUAGAUGCAUGUACUUGUAAUACAUCAACAUUGAUAAAUGACCUGUGUUAAAGCUAACGUUUACUAGGCUACAUCAAUAACUCCAUGGUCUCCCCUGGCUGUGCUAGAGUUAACGGAGCUGUGUGUGGGGCUGCUAGUGCUGCUGUAUAUGGAAAGUUCAAUACUGUUCUAUAGCUGCAUUCCCCAUCCAGGUGUCUGAGAAAAUCUCUAUGUACAGUAUGUGAAGCACAGUGUGAGCUUCUGAUAAUAUCUGCUAUUAUUGCCGUGUAUAAUCCUGAUUACUGUCACUCACACUCAGUCAGAUUACCUGACAGAUUAUGGACAUGUGCUGCCAAAAUGUCCCCCCUGACACAAACAGUUAGGCACAUUCUCAUCACACAUAUGCACAACUCAGACACACACAAACAAUCACAUAAUCAUUCUUAAAUAGACGGGCAGACUGUAAUCUCGUAUCAGUAUUAUAGGCCUACUUAUAACUAGUACACUAUACUAGCUCCAUCAUAUUUCCUACUAUAUAUAAUUGUAAAUCAGUCAAAAUGUUUAAAGUCCUCUCCACAACUGUAAUUCAUGUCAAUAUUUGAAGUAACCAUGUCUCUCUACCUCUCUCUGUGUGUGCAGUGUGGUGGGGUGGAUGAGCGUUUCUCAGACGAGCAGCUGGUAAGCCUGUCGGUGCGGGAGCUGAACAGACACCUGCGUGGCGUCAGUAAGGACGAGGUGGUGCGGCUCAAGCAGAAACGUCGUACGCUAAAGAAUCGAGGCUACGCCCAGUCCUGUCGCUACAAACGUUUGCAGCACCGCCACGCACUGGAGUCCGAGAAACACGUCCUCACACAACAGGUAGGACACACACACACAAUAACAACAACACACCACUGUCAACAACUCCAAAAUAAAAGCUCUAAGAACUCUCUAAUCCCUCUGUCUCUCUACUGUCUGUCUCUCUCCUGUCUGUCUCUCUCCUGUCUGUCUCUCGCCUGUCUGUCUCUCUCCUGUCUUUCUCUCUCCUGUCUGUCUCUCUCCUGUCUGUCUCUCUCCUGUCUGUCUCUUUUCUGUCUGUCUCUCUCCUGUCUGUCUCUUUUCUGUCUGUCUCUCUAAUCAGUUGGAACAACUACAGUGUGAGCUCUCUCGGGUGCUGAGAGAAAGGGACGCCUACAAGGCUCGCUAUGAGAAGCUCAUCAGUACAAACAAGGCUCCACCUACCCGCGCCAACAACUCCCCCUCACCACCCCCUGAUUACUUCCUCUGA